GCGUUCCUAUCCGUUUUGAGCUAGCCCGGAUCCCGUAGCUCGUCAUUCAUGUUGGAGAAGGUAGACGUGUAUAUAGCAGUCAGUGCGGAAAUAAAUUGCGAUCGGUGCGGACACAGGACGAUAUGGCAAUGGAGGUUGAAAACAUGUGUGUUGGGCUCCAGGGGCCGGGUCCAGGAGGCGGCAGUUUGGGUGUCCCGUUAUUAGAUGAUCUUUUGUGGAGUUCGUCACUGUUCGAUGAAUUGAACAACUUAGUUGAUGUUGAUGACGAUUUGUUUCAAGAUGGGGAUUGCAUUGUCCUUACAGACAAUUUUGAUAAUCUGGACUUUACUACAGACCUAAUGCCUUGGAAUUCUCACCCACUGAAUGAGCCAUGCUUUACAGGAGAUUGGAAUAAACCAGAUCCCUUGUCUUAUGCGUCUUCCAGCUGUUCAGUGGAUUCACCACCCUCGUCAUCGCAGUUUGUGCCGGAAGAGACUGAUAUUUCUUCCAGUAUUCAGAUGUCUCCAGACUCCUUAUACUCUGAAGCUUCCAAAAGUCCCGUAUCAUCAGGACAGUCUCCAGCCUCCUUAUACUCUGAAGCUUCAAGAAGUCACAUAUCAGUAGAACAGUCUCCAUCCUCCUUAUACUCUGAAGCUUCAAGAAGCCCCAGUUCACCAGCACAUUCGGAAGAGAAUCAUGCAGUCACAACACCCACCAAAAGUAAGGCACCAGUAAAAAAAAGAAAACUUCCACCUGUAGUGCCCAAGACAGCCAUUCAACCAAAAGCCAUUCUGAUUCCUAGCACUGCAAAAAUCCAGCCCGCCUCAGGAACCACUGCUAAAACCAUUAUAUUUCAGCCACUUACAACACUGCUGCCAAAACAGCAGCCACUGAUUGCCAUUCAAUCAGCACCACCAGCAGGGCAGCAAGUUGUACUCACCCCGUCUGCAGUUGUUCAACUCCCAACACCUGGGAUUGUUACAGCACAACCUGUCCUGGCUAUGAAUGGAGGAGCAACACAGCUUUCCACACCAUCUGUGAAUUUACUGCAGCACAUUGGACUUAACAGUGAGAAGACCACACCAGUGAAACCUUUUAUCCAUUCAUCAGCUCGAGCUCCUGACACUGAAGCAGAUAUAAGCGUUAUACGGCGGCAGCAAAGAAUGAUAAAAAAUCGUGAAUCUGCCUUCCAGUCUAGAAGGAAAAAGAAGGAGUACAUGCAGGGUUUGGAAGUGCGCUUGAGAGCAGCAUUGUCUGACAAUGAAAGGCUCAAAAAAGAAAAUGGCUCUUUGCAAAAACUGCUGGAAGAAGUUGUAUCUGAGAAUCAGAAACUUAAAGUUACUGCUCCAAAGAGGAGAGCUGUCUGCCUGAUGAUGGUGGCUGUAUUUUUAAUGCUGAAUUUCAACCCACUUAGUGUUUUACAAUCCACUUCUGGGGAAUUUGAUAUGGAGGUGAGGUCUGUCAACCAUAAUAGACACCUGCUUGAGUUUUCACCUGGUGAAGCCAACAUGAAAGAAAAGGAUACCCCACAAAAUGAUUUCAGACCUCGAGACUUUAUUUCAACUGAAAAGGCAUUGAUGAUUGUGAAAGAGGAGCCGUUACUCUACAUUCCUCCUCCUUCUCCUCCUUGUCGACCCCUUAUCAACCAAACACAAACCCUUAGGCUGAACCAAGAACUGCGUGGCUGGGUCCACAGACAUGAAGCUGAGAGAACAAAGACUAGGCGGACAAUCAGUACGCAUAAAGCUCAAGCAAUGCAGAAGCAAGAUGGGAAAGGUGAUGCAUCACAGUUGGUAACAAUGCAAUACACAGAUGCAAGUUUAAAGAAUUCAAAUGAGCUGCAAAUUUAUUACUCCUCACCAAGAAGCUACCAAGACUUUUUGGAAGCCAUCCGCAGAAGGGGUGACACAUUUUAUGUUGUGUCUUUCCGCAGGGAUCAUUUGCUGUUGCCAGCAACCAACAGAAACAAGACCACUAGGCCGAAAAUGUCAAUCAUUUUGCCGUCUAUGAAUGUAAAUGUAGAAAAUGUAAUUAAUGGGCAAGAAUAUGAAGUGAUGAUGCAAAUCGAUUGUGAAGUAAUGGACACCCGAAUUUUACAUGUUAAAUCUGCAUCUAUUCCUCCAUUCCUUCGAGAACAUAGAGAGAAUCAAACCAAGUCUUAUUACAACUCUGCCUCCUCAAACUCUGAACAAACCCAUGUCCUUAGCACCAUCAGCGAGUCUCCGCUUUAAUAGCCAAAAAGUCAACUGUAUGUGAACAUAAACU